AUGUCUCCGGAUCCCAGGCAGCAGCUGACGUGGAGCGUCAGCACCUGGAGCUCGGCCCCGGCUUCCGGACCCAGCCUCCGUGCUGCAGGGCACGCCGGGAGGAGGAGAAUCCACUCCCACCAGGCCCGGGGCUGGCGUCUGCGGUUCCAUCCGCACUACAGAUCCCAGAAUGCAAUGUUCCGCACGCAGGCCCGUUCCGGCCGAGCAUGCGCCUUUAGGGAUCCGGCUGCAGGUGUGAUUCGGUGGCUCCGGCGGGCCAUGGCUGCCCUCCUCCGAGCUGUGCCGCGGUUGCCAGGGCUGGCUGUGUGGAGAAGGCCUCUCUACGGGCUGCAGUGCUGCGAUGGGCAGGAUUUUAGGAGGUGGGUGGGGAGCAGGUCACCCACCUCGAAGGAGAAACCACCAGGCACAGAGACAGAGAAAUUCCAGAUGAUCUACCGGUUCGAUGCCAUCAGAGCCUUUGGGUACGUGUCUAAGCUGAAGGUGGCACAGACAGCCCUGACGGUGCUGGCCCUGCCGCCUGGCUUUUACUGGUACUCCCAGGGCCUCCUGACUUUCGACAACCUGUGUCUCAUUGGUGGGAUCGCUGGCUUCGCCCUGGCCAUGCUGUACUGGAUGAGCUAUUUCUUCCGGAGGCUGGUGGGCAUCCUGUACGUGAACGAGUCAGGCACCAUGCUGCGGGUGGCCCACCUGACCUUCUGGGGCUGGCGGCAGGACACCUACUGCCCGGUGGCCGAGGUGAUACCUAUGACAGAAACCCAGGACCGGCCCCAGGAGAUUUUCGUGCGGAUCCAGCAGUACAGUGGGAAGCAGACCUUCUACCUCACCCUGCGCUAUGGACGCAUCCUGGACAGAGAGCGUUUCACACAGGUGUUUGGGAUGCUGGACACGCUCAAGUGAACGAUUGGGGGCUGGGCUUCUGGGUUGCCCUGGGCCACCUGGAUCUCCGACCGAAGGCUGAGCAUGUGGGUGAGGCUAAAGAAGGCGAUCUGACAGCUGGAGACUUUGCCAGGCCCCCGGGGAAACUUGACUGUUGGGAUGAAGAAAUUCAUGAGGCGGAUGCAAAUAACAGCUUAGGAAAGAGGCCUUAGUGCAAAUUCUUGCCACACUUGUGCAUGGCAUUCAGUUGGAUAAUGGCCAGAAGUGUCUGUUAAGAGCCAGUUCUUGGAAGAAGCUCUGCCCAGUUCACUCUACACACGGUGCUGUGAAUUGGGGAGAUGGUGUGGCAGGGGGAACACUGGAUUUGGGGUCAGAAGACUUAACUCCCUGUCCUGGGCCAGGUAACUGAGUCUCUCUGGGCCUUGUUUUUCACAUUUGUAACAUGGAAAAUCCUGCCUGUCUCAUUGGGUGGGUGUGAGAAUAAACAAUAAAUGUCAGCUACGUUGCAAACUCAACAGGCAAGAGCAAACAUUGUUAGCUCAGAGGUGAUGGCAUGGUGGUCCCAGCAGCAGAUGGGACUGGGGUGAAGCCUAGAUGUGGGUCAUUUUGUCCUGCCGGAUGGUAACUGCACACCUGGGGCGGGAGUGUCAUCCAAGCAAGCGCAGCACGCCUGCCAAGACUCUUCCCUACCCCGAGGGCUAGGGCUCUCACCUCAGGUGCCUCUGUGGACUUCGUGUUCCUGGGCCAAUUUUUUGCCUGAAAAAUAGGUUCUCAAACCCCGGCUCCCUGUGCAGGAUCACCUGGAGAGAUUUUUAAAGAUAUUGUUACCCAGGCCCAUGACCAGGUCCCCCAGGUGGUUCUCAUGCAGCCUGGGUUGACAGUCGCUGCCUGGGGUCCCACCACACUGGGAGGUGAGCCUGGAUUCUCACCAGCCUGGGCAUGAAAGAACUUCCACUUCCGUGCCUGGUCCGCUCACACAGUACCAGCAGAGGGCACACAGAGCAAAAGCAUUACCCUUGCCUUUAUUCCUGACCUAAAACCACAGAUCACGUGACAGUGGGAAUUAGGUUAGGACUUCUACGGCACCUGUAGGGCAGCACCUAGGAGCUGUCCAAGAAAACCCCAAAUCACCAUCAACUAAGACAGCAAAACUCACCUGUGCUCAACCCUUGUAGGUUCUGGUAGAAGCUGGUUACCUGCAUUUUUAUGCUUCCCAGGUAAUUCCAAGGCACCCCAAGUUCUGAAAAUUAUUGUAUGGGGUUUACCCUUCUCCAAAACUGUGCAGCAGCCCUAACCAGUUUGGCUCAGUGGAUAGGGCAUCAGCCUGCAGAUUGAAAGGUCCCAGGUUUGAUUCCAGUCAAGGGCAUGUACCUUGGUUGCGGGCACAUCCCCAGUAGGGAGUGUGCAGGAGGCAGCUGGUCGAUGUUUCUCACUCUCUAACCCUCUCCCUCUCCCUUCCUCUCUGUAAAAAAAAAAAAUAAAAAAUAAAAAUAUAUUUUAAAAACAACAAAAAACCUGUGUAGCAGCUUCUCAGAAAAUGGAAGUGGGCUUUAGAUUCAGGUGGUGGCUAUACUGGCGAUUACCCUCUUUGACAGUAAUUCCAAAAUAGUAAUCUAAUAGGAAUACCCAAGCAUAUGUAUGAGGAUGUUCACUGAACGUUUCUAAUAGCAAAACAGACAAAACCAUAGCACCAGCAAAAACUGGAAGUAAGCUAAAUUUCCAUUAGUAGGCAACAAGGUUAAAUAAAUGUUGGUAAACUGUAAUUGAAAAAUAAAAUUAAAAAAAAAGUUGGUAGAUCUAUACUAUGGGAUGUUACAUGGUCCUUCACAGGAGUGAGGUGGAGCCCUGGUCUGCUGGGGCUUGGUUGGAGUGUCACCUGUACACCAAAAGGUGGGUUUGAUUCCCAGUCAGGGCACAUACCCAGGUUGGGGGUUCAGUCCCCUGUUGGGGCAUGUGUGGGAGGCAACUAAUUGAUGUUUCUCUUUGCCUUCCUCUAAAAUCAA